AUGGAGACGCUACCUCGAGAAAUAUGGGAUGAGAUUAUGGCAAUCGUCAUCUCAUUCAAUGAAAAAGAUGAUAUUCGUAGCCUGCGCUUAGUUAAUAAGUAUCUGGCGAAGAUCUCCGCACCAGCACUUUUCGCUUCGGUUUCGGUCUGGUUUGGAGUCCAGUCGCUGCAACAUCUGACUAAUAUAUCGAGGCACUAUGAGUUGGCGCAAUACGUUCACGAAAUCAGAUUCUCGCCCCUCCAGAUCAGGCGAACGGAGCAACCCUCGAGUCGAGGCUUUCUUAACUUAAGAGAUAAUCUGACGAAGAACGAUCUGUAUGCCUCGGAGAUACUGGAGCAAAUCGAACGUGAUGCGCAAUACCAAAGAUAUCGCGCGGCGCAAGUUUAUCUCCUGAAAACACAUGCGGCUCUGGAGCUCCUACGCUCCGCCUUCUGUCGCUUGCCGGGUGUCCAAAAGAUAGACAUUCUUUUAAUGGACCGCUCGACAGGCGCAAAAGAGCUUGGCAAGUUCUUUGGUGAUCUCGAGGGUACCGAAUACUACUGGGAUUUGGGGACGACUUUGCCCCUUCUCUUCACGGCUCUGAAGGCUUUACCGUCCCCCCUUCAUUGCUUCCGUUUCCAGGAUACUGAUAACACAUGGAGCCCAAAAAAACGCUUACGCAAUAGUUCAGGGAGUUAUACCCGGCAUAGCAUCGGAAUGAAAGCCCUCUUACAGCUUUCGCAGGAUCACGAUUUCACGCACCUUGAGACGCUGGAACUGAACUAUUACUACUCCGAGCCCAUAGAGAGAGAUAAGCGCAACCAGGACGUUUUCGAUCAAUACUCUGCAAGCGUGAAAACCAUUUUGCAUCGAGCGCCCCAUCUCAAAUCAAUGAGGAUUCAGAUUCCAGGAAAAGACCAUCAGGGCGACGAGGGAGAAGCCGAAAAUCGUUACCGAUUCACGAAAGCUCUAAGCGAGGAACCGUGCCUGCAUCUAACAAGCCUUGAACUCAUAGACCUCACGAUCAGCGUCGCAGCGCCCCUGUCAGCCAUGCUAGCGAAACAUUUCUUUAAACUCCGCCACGUCCUCCUGCAGGUCGGAGACAACCCAAGAAAGUGGCUGGGGUUUCUGGCCGCGCAGAGACGACCUGGCUGGCAUGUCCUACGGUCUUUCAAGAUGGUUUUCUAUUCCUAUGCAUUGGUGACGGAGGAACCCGAUGUCGAGGUGGCCGCUUUCGUGCGGAUGAAGGUUUUGGAGAAUCCGUUGCUGCCUUGCCUGUAUCCGGACAGUGAGUGA